AUGGCUCCCAAAAGCUCAGCUCCAGCCCAAAGUUCAGGCCUCCUUGCAGGCGUCUUCAGCUUCGUAUCCAGGGAGUUUGACUCAUUUGUAGCGAAUGCGACAGGAUCAACGGCUGCAGGGCCAUCCGCAAGCGCGUUAUCAGACGAGGAGUUCGAUGACUAUACUUCGGACGAACGAGACCCGGCAUACGAUGACUCUAGAGAGGACUACGAACCAGCUUCACCCCCUCGCAAGCGUUCCAAAUCAACAAAACAUACCCGGCGCAGCGCGACACCAGAUCCUCACCCCCGAAGGCGAAGUCAUCAUGAGGACAGGGCACCAUCGCGUCAACCCAGGAGACCGCGCUCACCAGAGGUAGCCGAUACCGAGGAGGGAGAACGAGAGUCGCCUCGUCCACCCUCUCCGCCGCCCCUUCCUCGCGCCCUCAAGCGGCGACCCUCUAACUCUAUGCCAGGAUCUCUCUUUCCAAGGUCUCCUUCCAUUGAACCCGACCCAAUCCCUGCUGCAGGGCGCGAGCACCGUGUACGCUUCUCGUCCAAAAUUCCGGACUCGCCAGCCCCGCUCCAGAGGUCCCAGCACAAGCUCCCAGUCGAAGCUUCUCCCUCUGGCUCUUCAUCGUCUCCAGGAACUCCUCGUCGGCGAAGCAGCAUGGGUUCUUCUGUCCAAACGGUUGUGGAUAAGUUCCAUGUCGGCGAGCAUGAUGCUGGACCGUCGACUCUUUUGCCGAGCCCGCAGACAUCUCCACAUGCCCGUGGUCUGACGCGAUACACCCAAUCACGACGAAUGGAGGCCGAAGACGAGCGGCCACGGAGUAGAGCCGACAAGGGCAAGGGACGGGCGACAGAAGACUUUAGUCAGGAAUAUGAAACAUCCGGCUUCUUCAGGGUCAAGGGAAAGGAGAGGGAGUUGGUAGCUGCACGCGAGGAGAUGGAAAAAAAUGACCGACGCCUAAGGCGGGAUGACGAAGGAGAAUUGACGUUCCUGGUGAACGUUGAAGAGGACCGAAAUAAGGACAAGGAGCGUAUCAGGAUGUUGGAAGAAGAAAUUGCACGGUUGAAGGAAGAGUUGAUGAAGAGACCCCCGAACAGUGGAGGCCGAAUGGCACCUCCACCUCCACCACCUCCGCCCCCGCCACCCCCACCUCAUCGGAUGACGACCCUCGGAAUUCCAGGCGCUGCUUCAGAUCAGCAUAACCUCUUUGCAUCUGCGCGUGCAUCUCUGAAACAGGCGCCCACUCCUGUCGAGAAUCCUAUCAACCCACCUGUUGCUGUUCGAAGACGUGGCGUUGCGACGAUGGGCGUUGCGCCUGAUAAGAUGGCCGCCUUCCUGCAGGAAAUGAAAACCGUCAGGUUGCGCAAGGUCGGAAGACCCGAGUUGUCCGACCGUUCUACCUCAUUGGACAGGGCCGCCUCAGAUUCUUCGUUACGGCGGUCGAUAUCUCUGCAGCGUUCGAUAGCAUCGAUUCCACCACCCUCUCGUGCCUCAUCGAGCUCUACUACCACUCGUAUUAGUCAUCUGCCAGACACGGACUCCCGUGUUGGCGAGAAACGGAAGAGAGCCCUUACUGAACACCAAGAGGAGUCACACGCCCCCCUACGCCGUCGUUCAGACAUCUCAUCCUCCACAGCAGCCAACACUACGACAAGCUUGAGCUCCAACACAUCUAGCCAAUCUGAGACAUCAUCUUUAACCUCAUUAUCUCAAUCAUACCCUGCUCGAACGAGCUUCGUGAUCCCUCAACGGCCAUGGCAGACGUCUUCAGUAACCGACGCACCAACACCAUCUCUCUGCUCCGACAACUCUCUUGAGAGGGACGACACGAGCCCCGACGAGCAGCCACCUUCGACGCCGCCUGCGCCUGCAACGACGGGCCCGUCGAGAUCUUUCUUCCGCUUCAAAGGCAACGGUAUCCCCGUUGAACCUGCGACCGUGCAGAAGGACCCUGUGGAUGUGGUCAUGGAGGACGCUGGGCACAGAGACUACAUCGAGCCGCUGCGGGACCACGACGAAGAAGAGCCUGCGCCUUCCUUCAUCCCUAACAAGAGUAGUAUCCAACCGCGCGGUAACAUCUUCGACAAACGGCCUCCGUCGUCUCCGUUCCCUGACAAGUCUCCUCGGCGGCCUCGCCCUCCCACCUCUCGUACGAACGCACGUCCGCCUACACCUCGCCCUCCGCCUCAAGCCCAUUCUGACGACGAGGAUGAGGACGAAGACGAUCCACUAUCUCUACCGCCCUUCAACUCCCCGGAAAAUCCAUUCACCGAGACCACCUCGAACAAAGGCAAAGGCAAGGCACGCCAGACCAAGCCCAAGUCCGCCGUCGCCGAACCUCCAGCCCGAACUCUACCUUUACCUCCUAACUUUUCUCGAUCGCCCUCUCCCUCAUCCCGCCGACCAUCCUCGCGGCACAGGUCGGCCUCACAGUCGAGCAGACGACUGACGCUCGACGAGGAGCUGCGGAAUGCCAGCAGCAGCCCGUACCAAGAGCUCGACGACGACGACGACGAUAGCCUAGAAAGCGGUGUUUUGACGGCUGUGGGCACGAGGAGCAAACGCCGGGGCUUCCUCGCUCGUGGUGGGGCAGGUGGCGCACCGGUGUUCAUGGGUGUGGGUUACGUAGAAGGUGCUGAGGAAGACGAGGAGGAUAGGAGAGGGCGUGUUCCUAUAAAGCCCAAGCGGACGCAGCAGAGAGUGCAGGAUGGGGAUGAUGGGGGUGACGAUGAGUACCUUCCUUCUCGGUCCACAACUACGACGAGGAAGAGCAAGAGUCGGCGGCGGUGA